AUGCGCUUAGAUAAGAAGCUUUUUAGAGUAUUUGAUAUUUUCCUGUGCCCAGCGGUUGUUAUGGCUUGCGUCCGUAACUGUCUACUCUUUCUACCUGUCAAUAGCAUAGUAACCAGAACCAUAAGCAUGACUGCAAUGAGACGAGCUCAAGAGGAAUUGGAAAAAAUGAAGGUGAAGAAUCCGUAUUUUGAAAAAUAUGCUAAUAAAAUUGCAAAGCUUCAACAAACAUCCCCAGAAGAGUUUAUUGAUCGUGUGGACAAAGUUCUGAACCCCAUAAAGGAAGGAAAGAGUCAAACGCGAACCUACGCGGAGAUUCUUAAUCCUAAACAACCGCGAAAAGAUCAGGAAACCGGCGAAAUACCACAUAAAAAGCUGGCAGAUAUUAUGAAGCUUGAAUUACUCGAAGAUAAGACCGCUGAAGAAAUAUCGAAGAUUUGGUACGAAUACCACAAAACCAAAGACGUGCUUGCUGCGACAUUAACUGUCAAACAGUUUGAUACACUUAUGGAACGCGCAAAACAAUAUCCUAUUUUUUUGCUUCCACUCCCACGUAGUGAAGGUUUUGAAUUUAUAAUGCUACAGUUUUCGGCAAAUACGGUGCACUUCACUCCUUUGCUGGCUUACCAGGUUCAUGCUGAAAAUGCCCCAGAAUGUUUAACUUUGGUGCACUACACAGAGAUGAAGGACAAAGGACUUGUGCUGAUGCGUGGUGAAUAUGAUAGCAAAGUUUUAAAUGGGCAAGAAGCACAAUGCUUAACCAACGAAUUGCAAAUGUUUUAUUUCAAGGGUGAUGAGAGUAAAUUAAAAUUAUUGGAAACUUUUAACAGGAAGCCAAAUGAGUUUAAGCAUAUGGAUUUAAUCAAAGAAGUUGAAAAUAUUCAGUUGGCUUAGAAGCCCUUAUGUAUCAAUCGAUAAAUAAAUAAAUGUUAGUAAGCAAGUCGCUGCUUAAUGAA